AAUCCGCUUUAAUCUGGGUUUCUUACUGUGGCCAUGUAGAUUUGGAAGAUUGGAAGUGAAUGAAAGCGAAUAACAGUCAUUGUUGCUCUUUUAAUUAUUAUUGUUAUAGGUUUAAAUCUUUAAAUUAUCUUUAAAGUAAUUUAAUUACGUGGAAAGAUAUUCUAUUUGGAUUUAAUUAUUGGAUUGAGGGUAGCAGAUUACCAACCCAUUUUAUUACACUGGGAAGAGAAGCUACUGGAGUAAACAAUCCAGCUAUUUCAUGUAUCGGGAACAUCGAUAAUCAGGUGUUCACUAUGCUCACCAGCUUUGUGGAUGGAAUAUUCUGUUGCUUUACAGGGAAGUCUACUAACGUUGUGGUCCCUAUUGAGUCUUCUGAGCCCACCGAUGGUUUUGAAUUUGUUGAGGUAAAGCCAGGAAGGGUUCUGAGAGUUCGGCAUAUUAUCCCAGACAGACCAGUGGUUGAGGAGCCAGGGACUGGGGAAGGGGGUACAGUCAGCUGCAAGCGCAAAAUCUCAGUGUACCGAAAUGGACAGCUUCUGAUCGAGAACAUCAAUGAAGCCACCCCUCCAGAGUUGGUCCGCUAUCAGAAUGGAGACAGCACUGUGGAUACAGAUGUUUCCAAUUGUGAGGCUCCCCCAGCGGCCCAGGCUUCUGAACCCACACCGGGGUCGGCGACCGCAGGACAGGCUACGGAUAUCAAACCUGCACCUCAGCAGAAUCUGCAACAAGUGCAGCGCAGACGGCGCAAACCCAAACGCUCCAUUGUGAUUGACUGCGAGCGGAAGAUCACAUGCUGCAAAGGUACUCACCCUGAUGUGGCCUUGUUUUUCAUUCAUGGAGUCGGGGGGUCAUUGGAUAUCUGGGGAAGCCAACUGGACUACUUCUCCCAACUUGGUUACGAAGUCAUUGCCCCAGACUUGGCUGGACAUGGUGCAAGUUCAGCUCCUCAGAUCCCCGCUGCCUAUACCUUUUACGCUUUGGCUGAGGACGUUAGGAUCAUCUUCAAGCGAUAUGCAAAGAAGCGUAAUAUUUUAGUAGGACACUCUUAUGGUGUUUCGUUUUGUACCUUCUUGGCUCAUGAGUAUCCGGAACAAGUUCAUAAAGUUGUGAUGAUUAACGGUGGAGGUCCUACAGCACUCGAGCCCAGUCUUUGCUCUGUUUUCAACUUGCCCACGUGUGUCCUUAAUUUCCUGUCCCCGUGCCUCACCUGGAGCUUUCUCAUGGCUGGAUUUGCCCAUCAGGGAACGAGAGAAAAGAAACUACUUAAAGAGAACAAUGCCUUCAACGUGUCUUCCUUCGUUCUACGGUCCAUGAUGAGUGGACAGUACUGGCCAGAGGGAGACGAGGUUUACCAUGCUGAAAUCACAGUGCCUGUUCUGCUGGUUCACGGCAUGUAUGACAAGUUUGUACCAGUACAAGAGGACCAACGUAUGGCAGAGAUUCUAUUGCUGGGGUUCCUGAAGAUCAUAGACGAUGGAAGUCACAUGGUCAUGAUGGAGUGCCCUGACGUAGUUAAUACUCUCUUACAUGAAUUCUUCCUAUGGCAGCCAGCAACCGCCUCAAAACCCAAGCAGGAAUCAGCCCCCACAAAGACCACCACUACCAAACCUCCAGAGGACACAAGACCAAAAACCGCCCCCAAGUCACUGUCCGAAUUUCAACCAGACUUGACAAGACCAACAACUGCACCCAAAAGCAUUCAUACUGGGACAGAGGCUUACAGUGGACAUUAGAUCUAAGGGUGUGAAAUAGCUGGUCUACCAAUAAACAAGUGAUGGUAUACAUUUAAAGUGUUCAAUUUGCUCUGCUCUUCCAUGUGGACCAAAUGUAAUGGAAAUGUUUGAAUGUAGGAUGUCAUUAUAUAUUUACAAGUUGGUGUAUGACUGCAGGAAACACAUUGAAGGAACAGCUCAGAUAGAUGUUUGUCCCAGACCAGAAUGGGUUUUACUUGCUUUCGAGUUUAAGAGUACCCCUUGAGGUUGUUUUUUUUAUAUACAUACCAA